AAUAGUUUGUCCUCUUCUCUCUCUCUGUGUUUCAGCUCCUCCUCCUCCUCCUACUUGUGUCAGCUCCUCCUCUUCCGUUUUCAUUGUCUGUUUCUUUUCCUUUCAGAUAACAUGAUUCUUAUUACUCAGACCUAAUUUUUCUUCUUCUUCUUCAGACUGAGGGAAAAAGAAAAAAAAAUGGAACCAAGAAAAGGAAUGAAAACAAGAGCAUCCUUUUUACUUUUUGUUUUUCUUUUGUUUAUCUUCAUGUUGGUUACUACUAAACUUCAUUUCGAACGCAUCAAGAUGGAUAGUAAAUGGUAUACAUUUGAUUCAACUAGGGAUAGUAAGGAGGAGAAUAUAGAUGGAAUAGAUGUAGAUAUAGAUAAUACAGAUAGUAUAUUGGAAGAGAAAUUGUCUUCUUCAUCAGAGUUGGGUUUUUUACCUAAAGGAAUUCUUGCAUCCACCUCUGAUUUUGAAUUGAAACAACUUUGGGAGCGUGAUCCAACUUUUCAACGUAGCUCUGUGAGGUAUACUGCUCUAUUGGCAGUCCCUGUUGGUCUUAAACAAAAGGAAAAUGUUGACAUGCUAGUCAAAAAGUUUCUCUUGGUGAAUUGCUCCAUUCUACUUUUUCAUUACGAUGGGAAGGUCAACGAGUGGAAUGAUCUUGAUUGGAGUAGCAACGCAGUUCACAUUCUUGCUCAUAACCAAACAAAAUGGUGGUUCGCGAAACGAUUUUUACAUCCAGCUGUCGUGUCUAGCUAUGAUUACAUCUUCUUAUGGGACGAAGAUUUAGGGGUUGAAAAUUUUCAUCCUGGAAGGUACUUGCAGAUAAUGAUGUCAGAGGGUUUAGAGAUUACGCAGCCUGCUUUGGACCCUGAUCUAUCAGAAGUACAUCAUCGUAUUACUGUGCGCAGGAAGGCGAGAAAAAUUCAUAGACGAGUCUAUUUUUCCGGGGGAAGUAAAAAUUGCUCAGCAAAAAGCAGAGAGCCUCCUUGUACAGGGUGGGUGGAGGGGAUGGCCCCUGUAUUUUCAAGAGCAGCCUGGAGUUGUGUGUGGCAUCUUAUCCAGAAUGAUCUUGUUCAUGGAUGGGGUCUAGACAUGAAGCUCGGCUAUUGUGCUCAGGGGGACCGGACGAAGAAGGUUGGAGUUAUUGAUAGUGAAUACAUUGUUCACCAAGGAAUACAGACCUUAGGUGCAUCACCACCAAUAAAGACACCCAGCAGAUUCCUUGACUUAAGAACCCAUAUCAGGAGACAAUCAGCAGCAGAGCUUCAAGAGUUCCGGAAGCGAUGGGACCGAGCUGUGAACGAAGACAAGGACUGGACGGAUCCUUUUGGCACUUAAAGCUGUCUAUGUUCCGUAGAGGGAGCAUUUCCCACUAUUUAUUGCUUUUGCAAUGCAUUGCAUUGCUGAUAGUUGUCAGAGAGCGGCUCUCGGGAUACCCUUGCAAGAAUAUCCAGGUUUUCAGGAAAGAACUGGUCAUAUUCUUUUGUGCAGCCUUACAAAGUUGUAAUUUUAUUGCUGUAGCGAGAAUCAAAAACAUUUUUAGGAAUUUUGGAUGUAAGAAUAUACUCAUAAUGCUCAAUCAAAUGGACUUGAUGUCCACAGUGUUUUGUAAUUUAGAAUUUACAUCUUAUGAGGCCUGCUAUUUCGAGUUCUUCUGUAUCUAAUUACAGUUUAGGUUUUAUUUAAUAUCAGUAAAUCAGCUUCGCAGUUUGUA